AAAAUUGCUCUUAAACCGACCUAAAAUUUCAACCUCUUCAAGCAAUAUUUAAAAAAAAAAAAAAAAAAAAGAACCCAACAAUUCUAUUUUGAGACGUAAACUUUCAAUUUAACCCAAUUCUCCUCUCUCACACACACCUAGACCUGGCAUACGCAGCGCAAGACAGAACAGACCCUUCAACUAAAGAAAAUCUUUCUCUGAAUCCGACUCAUAUAACGGUCUCGAGAAUUCCAUGGCUCUAAGCAAGCUCUAAAACCCUAGUUGCUGACAUGUUCUUUUCUCUCCUUAACUCUUGCCUAACUAUCCCCCCUGUUUAAUCUCACAUUUUAGGUCAGAUUUCAACUUCCUCCUGAAUUUAUUUACAUGCAUAUGCCCUGAUUUUGACCUUUUUUCUUAUUUUUCUACUGGUGAUAAGUCCAUUCUUCUUCCUAGAUUUCAAACUUGAUAUUAGAGUUUCCAUGACUGCUCUGUUUCUUUCUUCUGUUUUUGCUUCGAGAUGAAAAAGCAGGUUAAUGGGUUAAAUUGAUGGGUACCCAUGAGGACUUUUUGCACAAUUCCCGUUUUAGAUUGUUAAGCAUGGGCUACGUUUAUGGGUUUCUCCAUCAAAAAUUGAUCCUCUUUGCCCACUCUUUCUGGUUCUCUGUUUCUGCUCUGUUUGGUUCCUUCAACAGAGCCAUUUUCAGGAUGAAAGGGAAUGAUAGCAAACAAACAAACAAUUCGAAUCGGUUAGAACUCAAUUCAGAGCAACAAGCUGAAGCAAAGGGACCAGAAUUUGAAUCGAAUUGUAUGGAGCAGGCAGCUAAAGAGCCUGAAGUUGAUCUUAAUGAAUUUAGAGGUACAAAAGAAAAUGCUGAUUCAGAGGAAGAAGAGACACCGAGGUUCUUAUUCAAAUUUCGAUUUCAGAGUUACAGAGAGAAUUAUGAGCCUGUGGUCUCAGAUUUUAUAUCCUCUUCAAGCACCAAUAAGUAUGAAUUCUUGCCUGGGAAAGACUCUAGUCUCUACUUGGAGAAGCCAGACGUUUUCAGUGUUACAGUGAAAGAAUUAUAUGCUGAUUCUAUUGAUGGUUCUAUUGGCGAUGGUGAGAACUUUGAGGAACAGAAAUCAGAAGCAGAAUCUAUUCACGAGAAGAGAAAGGAGAAUUCUGCAGAAAGUGCACAUAAAGAAGAGGUGAUAGAGAAGCUUCAGGCAGAAAAACGCGUUGAAGGGUCUAUUUCCGCGAAGGGACUAGCAGUUGAUGCGGAGAAAGAGCAUAAUGUGUGGUGUGAUCAACACGUUUCAGGAGAUGAUGGUCAGUUCCUAUCAGAGAAGGACUUCAUUGAUCCAGAUUCUCAUUCUGAUUCUGAUUCGAUUACUUCUAGCCACGAGAUAAUAAGUCGUUUUGUAGCUUCAACCAGCGAAGGCUUCUUGUCAGAUAAAGAUUUCGAAGAUGCAUUUGAGCUUGAUAUUUUUGGCGACAUUGAAGGGGAGAAUGCAGAAUUAGCUGAAGAAGAUUUGGAGAACAUAAAUUUGCAGAAUUUAAGUGCUGGCUAUGAAGCUGAUGAUUUUGAGGACGAAGACGGUGACAUAUUGGAAGGGCUUAAAAAUCUACAGGAGUCAAAUAUGCAGAAUUCAGACAGCCUAGAGCCAGAAAAGUUAUCCGAUAAAAAGGAUGUCGAAGAACUUGCAGAGCUCGGUUGCAAUGACAAGGAAAGUUCAGAUAAUUGUGAGGAUUCAAAUGGAUUGGAAACUUUAUGGGAACAUCAAGAGUUGAUAGAACAGCUAAAAAUGGAGCUGAAAAAGGUUAAAGCUACGGGUCUGCCAACAAUCUUAGAAGAAGACGAGUCACCUAAAAUAAUGGAAGAUUUAAAGCCAUGGAAGAUUGAUGAGAAGUUCCAGCGCCAAGAUAGAAUGGGGGAGCUUCACAAAUUCUACAAAAGUUACAGAGAACGGAUGCGGAAAUUCGAUAUCUUGAAUUACCAGAAGAUGUACGCAUUGGGCUUUCUUCAAUCAAAGGAUCCACUUAAAUCAAUAUCAAGCCAUAAAGCCUCACGACCAGCAUUGGCAUCUCUUGUUUCACAGAAAUUCCUGCUAGGAAAGCAAAAGAAGUCGAAUUCUGAUCCAAUAAUGAGUUUCAUUAGAGAAUUACAUAGUGAUUUAGAAAUGGUUUAUGUUAGUCAAAUGUGCCUUUCAUGGGAAAUCCUUCAUUGGCAGUAUGAGAAGGCACUGGAGAUAUGGGAUUCGGACCCUUUUGGGACGCGCAGAUACAAUGAAGUUGCUGGUGAAUUUCAACAGUUUCAAGUGCUUAUGCAGAGAUUUAUAGAGAAUGAACCUUUUGAAGGUCCAAGGGUGCAAAAUUAUGUCAAAAAUCGAUGCGUUUUGCGUAAUCUGCUUCAGGUUCCAGUCAUUAGAGAGGACAGUAUAAAGGAUGUGAAGACAAGAAGAAAAGCCAAGGAUGAUGAAGCAAUUACAAGUGAUACACUAGUAGAGAUCAUGGAAGAAUCAAUAAGAAUUUUCUGGCGAUUUGUUCGAGCAGAUAAAGAUGCCAACAGUGUGAUCCUAAAGAGUCGAAGGGGAACUCAAAUCGAACCAUUAGACCCCGCUGAACUAGAGCUCUUGACAGAAGUCAGAACAAGUCUGCAAAAGAAGGAGAAGAAGCUUAAGGACAUAUUGAGGAGUGGAAACUGCAUACUGAGGAAGUUCAGAAAACAUAAAGAAGACGGUUGUUCCGACCAAGUUCUUUACUUCUUCUCACAAGUAGAUAUGAAGUUAGUGUCAAGGGUGCUCAACAUGUCGAAAAUAACGACAGAUCAACUAAUAUGGUGUCGGAAUAAAUUGAACAAGAUCAAUUUUGUUAGCAGGAAGAUACAUGUAGAGCCAUCUUUUUUGCUUUUUCCUUGCUGAUAGAGUUAUGCAGCAUCUCUCUGCCACGAUGAAAUUGUAUUUUACUUCAUGUUUAUACAUCCAAAAGAGGAGUUUUAGAA